AUGGAUGACGUCAAGGAUAUGAAGACUCCAAUGAAUCCAACAACUAGCUUGGGGCUAGAUAAAAGCUCAACAAAACUAGACAAUACUCUUUACCGUCAAAUGAUAGGUUCACUUUUGUUUCUCAUUGCGUCUAGACCUUACAUUAUGUCUAGCGUCUGUCUUUGUGCGAGAUUUCAUUCUGAUCCCAAAGAAACCCAUCUCAGUGCUUUUAAACGUAUAUUUCAAUAUCUCAAAGGAACAACAUCUCUCGGUCUGUGUUACAAAAGGAGUGAGAGUUUUGAUCUUAAAGGAUAUUGUGAUGCUGAUUUUGCUGGAGAUAAAGCUGAACGGAAAAGCACAAGUGGAAGCUGCCACUUCAUUGGAGGAAACCUAGUAUCAUGGCUAAGCAAGAAGCAGAAUACCAUUGCGCAAUCAAUCGCUAAAGUUGAGUACAUAUCGUACCAUUUUGGUAAGGCAAAUGUUGUUGUUGAUGCUUUAAGCAGAAAGAAAGUUCAGAAGGCUUCCUUGAUGAUGAAGGACUUGAAGUUGAUCGAGAAGUUACGAGAUAUGAACUUGGGAGUGCAGGUGAAAGAAGGUCAUAUCCGAUGUAGUUACUUAGCUAUCACGAGUGACUUCUUGAAACAGAUAAAGACAGAACAAAUGAUGGACCAUGAGUUGUAA